UGGGGGGGCAUCGCGGCAAAAGCGAAGGUUAAUUAUAGUACAGUGCAUGGCGUGCGCAGCUCACGAUAGUUGCCAUCAACGAGGAGAAGAAUGAUCGCAGUGAGUGCCGGCCAGUGCUGUGGAAAAGUGCACACCCAUCCUGCUCCCCGUUGGCCCCCGCUCGCGGCACACACACACACACACACACACAAACACACACAUCAUGUGCUCUUUUACCUCCCUCCCUUCCUUCAACUUGCUUCCUGCCUACCUGCUUGCUUGCCUGCCCACUCGCCUGCCUGGAUGACACGACGAGCUUCAGGUUUCCACUGCACCAGUGCACCACCGCCACCACCAGCAGCCAGCCAUCCAGCACCCUCCCCUCCGCUCCAUCCAACAUCCCGAUUCGAAAUCCCCGACAAACCGGUAAAGCGGGAGCGAGUACCGCAAGCGCAAGUGCACGUGGACGUGUCGAGUACUCCAGAGUAUGCGUCGUACAUGGUUACCACAUACAUACCGGUAUGUAGGUAUCGUCGGAUCGACUUCGUCCGCAGCAGCGUCCCACGCGCCCCCCCAAUGCCCGCCCCCAAACCCCAAACGCAAUUAACGUCGGGCAGUGUACACUGGACUGGGAGCGGGCUACGAUUUCUCAUCAUCGUCGUCGCCGGAACAUCCACAUCCAGACUUCCGAGCCCCCCGUCCCGCUGCCCCCAUACCGACGCGUCUCGUGCAUCCCCACAAAAGGUAUGUAUGCGGUGCCCAGAGUGGAGUGGGGUGAAUGACUACCGGUGCAGCUUCGUCCCCGGUACAGUACAGUGCAGCAUACGUCCGUAGGUAUGUCCUCUCCCUUUGCCACCGGACUCCGGAAUGGACGCGGACGCUGUCUGUCUGUCUGUCUUGGCGGGAAUCCACGUCACUUGGGCGUCGUGGUUACGUCCCUGGGGCCUGGGGGGUCUGGGGGGCCUGCGCGCGUCGUCCUCCGCCGGCUCCGUGGCCAAUCGAAGCGUGCAAACCUUAUUCCUUUCCACC